CAAAUGAUCAGAUCGGCAACCCGCAAUCAAUUCUUCACUCCCUGGCUGAUAAGUCUCCCCGGGUAAAUGGACUAAUAGGAGGGAAUUGCAGGACACGCCGAAGAAUCAACUAGCCAGAUUAAGCCGCGGGAAAUUGCCCGCGGUACAUAGUUACUGCAAGAUAUGGAGUCGCGCAUAGCAAGUAGCCCUAGCCAGGGACCCGCAGACCCAUACUUUCCAAAUCAAACUUCUCCCCUCUCCCUCUUUUUUUCUCUUCUUUUCUCUUUUGCUUGUUUCAUUCAUAUAUCAACUUCUUUCCAGCAGUGCUGUCGUCGCUCGUUUCUUUCUUAUUCUGUCUCCACAAGAGCUGUCACUCGUUUCCAGCUCCAUUCACUCUUUAUUUUCUUGACUUUGCGCCGUUUUUGCCCGUCCAGCUCCUAGGUAUACGGACACCACCGUUUUAUAUAUAAUACAAUAAACUGC